UAUAAAAUUUUGUGAAUAUUUUCAUAUUAUAAGUCAUUUCAUGAAGCUGUUUGUAAUUCGUGAGCGGUUGAAUAUUCAACGUAUUGUGAAAUAUGUGUGCUUUGGACGAUUUGUGUGCUAGAAUCAGAAGAAUUUGUACAGGAAGAAAAGAGGGAUUAAUCAACUGCAGAAGGCAGAUGACGUUGCCUUGCGAAUAGUCUUAGUCCAGAAGUUGAGGCGCAGAGUUUUAUCUGUCUCAGAUAGCAGCUAGAGGGCUGAUAAGGCGUGAAAUCGCAAAAAUGCCUUGCGAAGGUUGCAAUGUCCAGUUUGGCAUUAUAACGAGAAAGAAGUCUUGCUACGAGUGCCGGCGUCUGUUCUGCAAAAAUUGUUUGGAAAAGCGGCAGGAGAAAAUUCUUUGUCACAACUGUUUGAUUUUUACCAAGCGACCCCUGUCGAAGGUCGAUUUGGGACAGUUAAAGAAUAAAGAUUUGAUUCUCUAUCUACAAUCAAAGCACAUUUCGACGGCUGGAUGCGUGGAAAAAGAUGACCUCAUCAAUUUGGUGAUUGGGCACGUAAAUUCUACGGGCAGUAGUCCUCGAAGCCCGGCAGGAAGCACUGGAAGUGGUGGCGGCCAUGGGAGGACGUUUCAUUUUAGUUCGGCUUCAUCUACCGGCGGAAGCAGCGGAAACGGUCGAGGAGGAAGCCAGUCCGGAUCAUCGUCUAGGAACUUUUACGCAACCAGUGCGGAAAAUUGUGCAAACACGUUCGACCAGAUUAAGAACACUUGCCAGAAUUUGUUCACGUCAUUCACGGACAAGCUUAACUCGGAUAUUCCCAAAACGUCCAACUUUGGUCCGCGAUAUACGAAUCCGUCCGCAGAGGAGAAUAUAAGGUCGCGUCCUCAGGCUGAUCCAAGUGUUCAUCAGCAGCCACGGUUCGGUGCAAAUGAUGUAUACUGGGUUCGCGAUCAGCAAACGACCCAAAGCGGAAGGGAAGCUUGCCAGCCAUCGUUGCCGGUCCGUGAUUCCGAGAUAGAUGUGCCAAAUGAAAUAGCAUUAUCGCCAACCAACGAUUCCAGUGAUGUUGGCGGCAGUGGUAUUACUAGCGGUGCAGAUUCCAGCAACAAUACUUCGUCCGUUUCUUCUCCGGAGCAUGAAAAAUCCAAGCCCGGUACACAAUCAAGUGAGAUCCCCAAACUUUCUCUCAGUGAAAGGAUAGAUAAUAUGUUGGCAUCGGAGAAGAACCAAAAUGACUGUGAAUGUUCCGACGAGGAAUGUGAGGAGUUGGAUACUCCACGCAGAAAAGAAUCCAAAAAGAUUUCUUCAGAAGAGAACCUUAUUUCGGAAGCUGGAACUAGCCAAGCGAUGCAUGUAGCACAAUUACCCAUUCCGGAAUCGAAAACUGAUACCUCAUCAUCUUCAUUCGACGAGUUAAAUCCUGAAUGUGAUGCAAAUGAAUCGCUUCCAGAAGUAGAAAUGGUUGCCUUAACGGAUACGGAACCCUGGCAAGUAAUCAAUAAUGUCGAUACUUCGGACACACAAGAAAGUGCUACAAACUUACCAACUACCACAACUGCUACAAUUACCGAAACGACUGAUAGUUCUAGUGAUUUAAAUUCUUCAGACAAGUUGAAUCAACCCCCGGUCAGUUGUGACCCCUUGACCCAUCAGGUAGCCAGAAGACGCUCCGAUAGCUAUCUAAUGAUGAUCAAUAACGGUGCCAGUACAGUAGUAGUUCGAUCGGUGGAUCCACAGGAAACAUUAGCCCAGUCUAGUCAAGCAACGUCUACCGACACCAACAAAUGCUUUAAGUGUGGCAAAAGACGUAGCGGAAUUCGCAAGCAGCUGAAGAAAAUACGAAAGCUGCUCGAUACCGCAUCAGUUCCGGAGGCAGAUAAACGACGUCAAUUGGAGGCGUUCCUCAGCUAUUUGGAACGGCGCAGUAAAGGAUCAAUCGAGCUCUCCGAAGGUGAAUCCAUAAGCGAAGACGCUAGCGUUAGCCUGGCGGAGGCGGAUCCUCUGUGCGAAGGGAUCGCAGCGGGAUUUACUUUACCAUCGCUGGGCGCCAGUGAUGAAAGUCGGGUGCAAACGUCCCAUUAUCCCAAGGUCGAUGAAGAUACUACAAUCGGAAAAACCAAUGUGUAUUCGUCGGGUAAUCAACAGUUGGCCGGCAUGAGCCAGAUAAAACUCAGUGAUAUAAAGGAAAGCGCUGAUUUGGAUGUGCUUUCGGUGAAACAACUGAAAAAGAUCUUGGUGAUGAACCGAGUGGACUUCAAAGGCUGCUGUGAAAAGGCGGAGUUACGGGAGCGCGUCCUGAGGCUAUGGUUGGACCACAAAUCCAUUGUUUCACCAGAACGGCUGGCGUCGGAUGAUCUUUGCCGAAUCUGCAUGGACGCGCCCAUCAAUUGUGUAAUACUGGAAUGUGGCCACAUGGCUACGUGCAUCAACUGCGGCAAGGUGCUCAGCGAGUGUCCCAUCUGUCGGCAGUACAUCGUUCGGGUUGUCCGAUCGUUCAAAGUGUAACUGAAAGUGCUAUAAAUGUGAAAGUGUUGAUUACACGUUUGCUCAUCACCACAUCGAACGAGCCCUAGAAUCGAAAACAAAUUUAGGCAGAGUUUUGGAACAUUGUGAUUUAGUUUUAGUGUGUUUGAAUCGAAAACAAUACAAUAAGCAAGCAAGGCGGUUUUAGGGAUAUUUAUGGGAUGCCCGAUGCCUAGAUGGCAGUCCAAUUCGUGUUGUCGGUAAUAAUCCUAUUAACGUAGAUAGGUCACACUCCCGCAGUAGAAUUAGGAGAACUAAAGAGUUGUAUAUGAUUAAACAUGUGAUGAAGGUAUGUAAAUUGUAAAUCCAUAAAAGUUUACUGGUAGGUACAUACUUAUGACAUUUGUUACAGAGAUUUAUUUUUAUUUUAUUGAAUACCUAUUUCCUGGCGACGCACAGUAACCAAAUUUUCACGUUAAUCUAUCGUAAGAGCGUAACUACAGUUAUAGUUUUCUCUUUUAUCAUCAGAAAGUCUUAAAAUAUUGAAAAACAUCGAUUGAAUUUUCCGUACUAGUUCAAAAAGAAAAUCGAUGAAUAGAAAAUUGAUAAUUUAAGUUACGUUCAUAUGAUACUUAACGCGAAAACUAUAAAUUUAUCGGUAAUCUGUAGAUAACUCCAAAGCAAUGUUGGUUCGAUGCCACAUAACAAAAAGUUUUAGGUGAUAGGAAAAAGUUGUGAAGAAAUUGUACCUAGUUCAGACUUGAAAAAUUCCAAUUAAAAUAAAUAUUUUAUGAAGAUACCAAAAUGACCUCGCCAGAACGGCUGCUGAUUGCCGAUUGUAUACUAUUUUAUUUAUUUCGAAAUUAAGUUUUAUUUUUCUACUGUUACACAGUUCGAUUAGAUACACUUAUCUAUGUAAUAACAAAACUAUGGUAGUCACAUGCUGGCUUCGGACAUUCUGACGAAGGACAUCUUUUGGACGAUCAAUUCGCUCAAUUUCAUAAUUAAACAGGUCAGUGAAACCGAGACAGAAACUUUAAGUAAUGAAUCAAUUCUUAACGGAAGACAAUUAAGCACAGGAGCGUCGAGUUUCCUUAAAUUCUAAUAUAGCGGGUUGAUUUUCAUGUAUGGUAAUUUCUGCAAGUUACAUGUGCUGGAUUACUACAUUGCUUUACAUUUGCGAUUUUUGCCCCUCAUUGCAUGCUUUGGAAACUGUAACAAUUAAAAAAAAAACAGCAUUCCACAGAAUUCCAUUUUCCAGAAUUAGUUUUAUUUCCAUCUCCUCAGAAGACGCUGUAUCCAAGAUUUUAAAAGUUUAUAUUUUCAAAAAAAAAAAACAGUUCGUAAUUUGAAAUGUACCCAACUGAUAUGAUGGGAUAAAAAUCCUUUAUUCUAUUAGAACAAAUAAAGUGAACUCCAAAAUGCGAUCUGAUACAAUUUCUCCACAUAGUAACGGGUCUAUUAAAAUGGAUUGCUAGUAUGAAUAUUUGAUUAAUGGCCAAAAAAAAAACAUCUUCAGCGUUUCUUCCAACAAUAAUUUUAUAUAUCAUGCAGGCAAUCUACAGUAAGCUGCAGAGUUUCUCGAAGGAUUUCUUCAACGGAUAACAUCAUGUGUUUUUUUCUUACAAAAAAUAAAGAUUCCUCCGAGGAUUUUUCAAGUACUUUCUGAGCAUUUUACAAAA